AUGAAGGUCUCCGGGGCUGCCCUGGCCGUCCUCCUCUGCACCAUGGCCCUCUGCAGCCAGGUCUUCUCUGUACCAGUUGGUGCUGACACCCCGACCGCCUGCUGCUUCACCUAUGCGCCUCGGCAGAUUCCACGUAAAUUCAUCGUUGACUACUUUGAGACCAACAGCCAGUGUUCCAACCCUGGUGUCAUCUUCCAAACCAAGAGAGGCCGGCAGGUCUGUGCCAACCCCAGUGAGGACUGGGUCCAAGAGUACGUCGCUGACCUGGAGCUGAACGCCUGA